AUGAGUUUCUUCGGCAAGUUUAUGAAAAAGUUUAGGCGGGAAACACCCGCCCCAAACAUGUCAGAGGCGGAUUGUAGCGAAUUAGAGGAAAUGAUAAAAAGAAAUCCCGUAGCCGCCACACUAAAGGAUGAAUGGGCUUUAUUUGUUCAUCAUAUUAUUGGGAGUCCGGCAGAAACACGAAAAGAAAUAUGGGUAGAGAAGUGUAAAGUCCCACAAACUCACAGCGAGAUCGAUCGUGUGGGAAAUCUCUUCAUGAAAUUCUUCAAAGAUGAUUUGAUUAGGAGAAAAUGGCGCGGCCAAUUUAGUUACGCAGUGGUGGGAAGAGAAAAUGAAGGACACCUGGAGGUGGAAGUUCUUCUCCAUUCGCUUAAGCGCAAGGAAACGACACGUGAAGUGCUGUGGAAUUUAAAAUUGCGAUAUCACACAAAUGCCAUUUCCUCAGAAGUAACGGACACACACAAAUGCCCAAAUCUACACAACAUUCCACUUUGA